ACAAAGUGGUAGCCUCGUUCUCCAGUCUGGGAAACACUCAGCGAGUUCGCCGCGCUGUAACGGAUAACUUAACCAAGUGCGUAAAGUCUCCUUCAUCGGAGUUCCCUGAAGGAAUUUUUACGCCUGAAGAGAGACGAGAAGGAGGCAUAAUUAUUCACUUCAUCAUCAUUCUCUACAUGCUGCUGGCUAUAGACAUAGUUUGUGAAGAAUAUUUCCUACCUUCCUUGGAGGUGAUCAGUGAACGUCUCGGUCUCUCUCAGGACGUUGCUGGAGCAACAUUUAUGGCAGUUGGAAGCUCUGCACCUGAACUAGUCACUUCUUUUCUGGGUGUCUUUGUGACAAAGGGAGAUAUUGGAAUUAGUACAAUAGUUGGAUCUGCAGUUUACAAUUUGCUUGGUAUCUGUGCUGCAUGUGGACUAUUAACCACUAUGGUUUGCAAGUUGACUUGCUGGCCACUGUUCAGGGAUUGUGCAGCUUAUGCCAUCAGUGUUGCGGCAUUAAUUGCUAUUAUCUUUGAUAACGUGAUACACUGGUACGAGUCUGCUUCUUUGUUAUUGAUUUAUGCAGUAUAUGUUGUGGUCAUGUGCUUCGACAUUAAACUAAAUCGGUACAUAACAAAGAAGUUUAGCCCAUGCUGUACUUGCCUGACACAAGCAAUGGAAGAAAGCAAUGAACAAGAGGCACUAAUGGACUGGCAGGGGAAAACUGGACCACUAAUAUAUCGCCGUUCUCGAUCAGAUAGUGGGAUCUUUCGGGAUGAUUCUGACUAUUCCCAACACUCACUCAGUUUACACGGACUCUCAGAGAUUACUGAAGACCCAUCAAAUGUGUUUGCAAUGCCUGAAUCUGAUAUGAAGCGGAUUAUCUGGGUGCUGUCUCUUCCUAUCGCCACACUAUGUUCAUAACCACCCCAGGACUGUCGUAGGCAUCAGCGGAGAAAAUGGUUCCCCCUAACUUUCUUCAUGUGUGCUGUGUGGAUUUCUGGAUUUACAUAUGUGUUAGUUUGGAUGGUAACCAUUGUGGGAGAAACUCUGGACAUUCCUGAAACAGUGAUGGGUCUUACACUGCUGGCAGCAGGCACCAGUAUUCCAGACACAGUGGCCAGUGUACUUGUUACCAGAGAAGGUAAAGGAGAUAUGGCUAUGUCGAACAUUGUGGGCUCCAAUGUAUUUGAUCUUCUCUGCUUAGGUGCACCUUGGUUUGUUAAGACCGUAUUUGUUGACUUAUCACCUGUAGAAGUGAAUAGCAGUGGCAUAACCUACACAACCGCUUCUCUUCUCCUCUCCAUCGUGUUCAUAUUCGCAGCAAUUCAUAUUAAUGGAUGGAAACUGGAUAAGAAACUUGGAGCAACAUGCCUUUUUGCCUAUUUAGUUUUUGUCAUUAUUUCAGUUCUAAAUGGGCUAGGAAUACUAGGCAAUGUUCUGGCGAGGACAUGCAAUUAAUUGAGCUACAAUCAAGGUAGUACAAUUAUGACAUGAUUUCUAACAAAAAUGAA